CAAAUUAUUUUCAUGUCUUAAUUAUUGUAGAAAUGUUUGAAUCCUAUGGUUAACCUUAACGCGUUGGUCAGUCCGAAAAUCCGUCUCUAUGGCGACAAAGGCGCCCUAGCACGAUCCGGUACAAUUCCGGCGAUUACGUUUCGAAAAGGCAACUUUCGUUUUGUUCUCUUCAGGUGACUUGUCAACCAAGCAUUCUGGCUUUCUAUUCUUACGACUGAGAACAGCAGAAGAAUGGUGCAGUAUACAAAUGUUCUUGAAACUGCAAAGAAUAACUUUCAAACUGGCAUAGGGAAAAAUUAUAGUCCUGCAGAUGUAGAAGAAGUCUGGAAGCAAGUUGCGCAGUUUAUCAGAAGCUCUCUUUUAAAGAAGAGGGCUGUGGACAUAAAAGGCUUAGGAAGAUUUACAAUUCAAGAGUACUCAAUGCCAGUUUCAUCCAUUUAUGCCGUCUGGUCUCAUCGACCUGUCUUUUACUUAGACAAGCGGCUGUGUGACUCUUACCAUAUAAAAUGUGUGCGCUUAUUUUCAUCUGACAAGAUCAGUGUUGUGUCAACAAAUCUGUCAACAAUAGCUGCUCUUACCAAUUUAUCAAGGCAUGCUGUGGAAGAUAUCAUCAAUGAAGUUGUCCAGGCGCUGUGCCGGCUGUGCAUGGCGCAGAAGGACCUGGAGCUGCCACUGCCGGGGCUGGGGACGCUGCGCAUCGUGGACCGCUACACCGACAUGCGGUACAGCCGGGAGCUGGUGCGCGCCGUGCACCGGGACAUCGCGGACCCGCUGGUGAUGGCGAGCCAUGUGCGUGCGUGCGACAAGCGCCCGCCGCCCCGAGCCUCCUUCCUCGCGCCCGUCGCCGUGCCGCCGCGCUACCUCCGCGAGCUGCACGACGUCAACUACGGAUAAAACUGCGAGGGUUGCGGCGGCUGCUAAGUGUUUAUAUCUAUCCUCAGGGAUAUCGAUCUGAGACCACUCCGUUUCCAUAUGCCGGGGAUGGGGCAAUAUGGGGCUCUCUAGACAGCAGAUCGGCUGUCGGGGCUGGGCUUGGUUUAAAUGUAUUGCGCCUCGACGCCGAAUUUAGAGAUCAGGCUGUAAGUUUUCCUGGGUUACAUUCAGACUCGGAGUAACGUCUUCUAGCGUCGGUUUUGGCAAGUCACACAAUAUUGCCGUUCAAAACAUUGCCCCCGUUUCUGAACAAUUUUUGUGGUAUGGUCGCAGCGGAGGGGUACCUUCGAGGAAGGGGGAAGCAGCUCUGCCCUUGUCAGGUGGAACGGAAGGUGAACUCCCUUCA